UACAAAUACAUUCUGGUGCAAUGAGCAUGUAGGAUUCUUAUCCGAUCUAGUUAUCAAUAUUUCUAGGUUUCCAUGUAAGAAUUGUGAAAAUAUGAGUCCCAAGAAGAAAAAAGCAAGGACCUCUCCCAGUCUCAGGCCUUCUAAAUCAUCUGCAAAACGAGAAAAUGAAUUAAAAGACCCUGAGCUAUCACGCAAGCGAAUAAAAACAGAAAUAUCCCCCGAAGAAGAUAUGCAAUCUAAAAAGAAGAAAAACUUUGUCACUGCUUGUGAAAAAGUAUCCUACGAAGCUUAUUUUGAUAAACGUUCGAGAUUUCAACUUGUUUACUUACCCGCUUGUGCUACAGGAAAUGCAUGUGUUCACCAAGAAUAUAAAAAUGAAACUUUAUUGAAGCCUAUGUCAUCAUAUGCGGAGCAAUCAUUCAAAAUUGAGAUGAAAACAAAUAUGUGGUAUGAAGCUUUAGAAGUGGGCUUCCUGAGUAUCACACCAAACCAGUAUUUAUCGGCAAAUGUACUCAAAGACAUAGUAGAGAUUAUGUUGAAUGCUCAUGAAGACAGCUGUACUGGCUACACAAUAGGAUACUUGCUGGACAAAUGUCAAACAUUACUGUCACAAAAUUUCAGCACUCACCCACCUUGUUUAGUUAAAACCCUUAGAAAGUGUUAUACAGAAUUUCUGACAUCACCCCUUGACUUAAAAGAGAACACAUUUUCUAACCGAUCAAAUUUUGAAAGUAACAAAGGAAUUGUAAAGUAUUGUAUGAAUAGACUUGAAUAUGAAAUUAGUGCGGAAAGUGAUGAUAAACCGCUCAUAGAUAAAUGUGAGCAUAUUCCUGAAGACAUGAAGCAGACUGUGCGAGGUUUGCAUUGGCAGAAAGAAAAGUUUGAGAUUUAUGAACUUCUUGAACGUAACGAUAGAAUCGAGAGGCUGAUGUGUGUGUUAGAGAGCAUCAUUGAACUUUUACAAUUCGAUCUGGCUAUAUGGCUUUCAAGAUACACUCGUAAUUUGGGCUGCCACCUCAUGAGGUCACACAAGCCACUAAUGGCUUAUAUCUUAUGGUCAAACAAUGUUCUUUAUACUGGAGCAGUGAAUAUUAAUUGCCGACAAAUAUUGACACUUUUUGCACACUUUGUACACCUGCAGUACCCAGUGAAACAUUUGAGGAUCAUGGUUAAUUGGUUAAACACGAUAGUACAAACUUUCUACUUCUGUGAAACAAAUUCAAAUAGUGACUAUCCUCACACAGGAAAAUAUUGCAUGACAUUUGCUCAAGAAUUCUAUAAAAUUAUCUCAGUAAUGCCACCAGAUUCAAUAAUACGAAUAUUAGAAUUAAUACAACCAAGCUACAUGCAGUACCUUAUUGCCGCAUUGCAUAUUAAGACACUACUUUCUACUAAUGAGGAUGAUCUCAUACAAAUCCUAAUUAAUUUUGUUACAAAAAAACAAUGGACAGAAUUUCCUGAUAGUGAUGAAAAAAUAGCUAUUUCUAAGAAAAUGUUUAGUGGACCUAAAAAGUUUAAGAAUAUAACAAACUAUUUAGUAAAAAAGUGUAUAAAUAUGAACAUAAAAGAAACUCCUAAAAAUAUUUUGUAUCCAAAACUUGAUUUGCCAAAUGAUUUAAAUUAUGACACCCAUAUAAACCAUGUUACCCACACUUUGUGUGUAGGUUUGGAGGCCUACUUAGAUUCCUAUAAUGUUCAGAAUGUCCAAAACACUUUGGACAAAUUGAAUGAAAAAUUAUUAACUCAGAAUUCUGAAUCCAAUGAGGAAAUGAAAGUACCUGAUUACUGCUCAUACACUGUUAGUGAAAGCUUCAUAAAAAAGUACACUUGUUUGUACAAAACACUUAGAGAACUCAUGCUGGUGUUGGAUGAUUUGCGAAAGAAGGGAGAGCUUCAUGACUCACUUAAAAUAUUUGAAAAAAUUGGAUUGUUAGGUUUAUAGUGUUCCUUUUUAAUAGUUAUAAGAUUUUGGUGUGCUAAUGAUGCAACAUAAUAAUGGAUGCAACUUUAAUAGAGUUCAUUUGGUCCAGUGACCCACAUUCCAUAAAAACUAAUAAAUGGUGCCUGCUAUUUCCGUGAUUGCAUGAAAAAUAUAGCCUUGAAUUUCCUAGUCUGUAAUUAUUUUAUGAAUGUACCUAAUGUCAUUUCUGGGUCUUCCAUAUUCAAGAAAAUUUCUUAAUUUAUAUGACUACAACAAUAACAAGCAGGUGUAUGUAAUUAAUACAAAUAUUUACAAAUUUGUACUUCUGUUUACUAAGAAGGCUGGAGAAUACAGGAUGGCUUCUAAUCUGUGCAUUAGGUAUCAUCAUGGAUAUAUCAAAUAUUUUUCUGGUUUUAGUCAUUCUGAGAGAGCUCUGCUUUAAAAAUUGUAUGAUUGUUAUACUACUUUCCCACUAGCUGAUUGGACUUCAAAUUUUUAAAUGAUUGACUAUUAAUAAUGAGCAUUAAUAUGUAACAAUUGAUUCAAGGCAUUGUUUUAUAAUUGUCAUUGUUGUCACAAAAUUAUAAAGUAUGUUUGAAAUUAUAAUAAGAUCAGAACUAAAAGUACAUAAUGGUUAUUUGGCAAUUAUUUUUAGUAUUUGGUUUGUAUAAUGCAUUUCAGAUUCGAAAUAUCAACUGAGAUUUGAUACCAUUAAAAAUAAUUAGAUUUAUAUGUGCCAAUUAUAUAAGUCCUCAAUGUUGAUAUGAUCAACUAAGUUUAUAUUGCUACCUCAUUAUAUCAACAGUAAGAUUAAGUGCCUUAUUAUAUAAAUAAUAGGACCAUAUGUAUCAUCAUUUUUUGGUAUUUUUGUGCACAUAAAUACAUAAGAACUUUGUGUGGAAUACAAUUCAUUGACACAUGCUCAUUGUAAGUUAUGAAUGAUGUUUAUUUUUAUACAUCAAACACAAGUAAGCUUUUAUUUCCAAACAAAUACUCUUGAAACUCAACUGUGCUUUUUAAAUAGAAUAAUACAAAAAAUAAAACCAAAAUCUAUA